AAUCUUCACAUAUUGACAGAUUCACAUCUGCUGAUGAUAGUCAACUCAAUAUUGAAUCAUUGAUUAAGAACUUAGAGAAUGUGAUAAUGAAGAAAUUGUCUGUAUUAUAUGUAACUGAGUCUUUCAUAUCUCUCUCUGCCUCUUCUGCUGCUUCUUUCUCUGCUACUCUCUUCUCUAUUUCUUUCUCUGCUGCUCUCUGUCAGUCUUCUAUACUUGUCUCUGUGUCUGGUUCUCCUGCUCCUGCUAUCUCUGUUUCUGUGACUCUCACUUCUGCUACUUCUGCUUCUGCCACUGCCUUCAUUACUAACUCUUCCUGUUUCAGGAAGAUGUUAUGUAGACUCAGUGAAUUAUAUUUUUUAAUGUAUACACUCUCACUUCUCUUACUGAUCUCUAGAAUAAUUUAUUAUAUCUGUGUUUUCAGAAAUAGAAAUAUGAAUGUCAUACUCUUUUACAUCUGCAGAUGGGAGGCUUUUGCUUCAGUGUCAGAGAUCAUUCUAAUCAAAGAUAAUAAUGCUGCUGAGACUACUCUCUUCUGUUCUCAAGCUUCUCUUAUCACUUUCUCUUUCUCUUCUGUGAAGAAGAUUGUGUGCAUAUCAGAUUAUAAGUAUUUAACUCUGA